GGGUCUCUGCUACUGUUCGUUCAUCCAACUGACUUGCCACUCCCGCCACAGCGCCCUUCUACUGGUUUGGAUAACGAAGUCAGCCAGUUCUCCUACCGUGACACAACAACAUUCAACACUGAGUUUAGGGCCAGUGUACGACACGCAUCUAUAGGGUAAGCAUCGUGUUAUGCCGCACCUCAAUGUGCCGGUAUCAUUCCUCGAAUUGUGAUCAGAGUGCAUUAAAGAACCGGCAUCAUCAGGUGUGGAGGAAAACAUUACUGGCUUUGUAUUAAGUUUCUGGUAUAGUGGAGGAAUAUUUGUGGAUUAUCAUAUUGGGAAUAAAUUUUAUAGUGACGGAUGCUAUGGCGGGAAAGGACGACACGUGGAAAUAGUGAUAUUGGCUUUUUUUAGAAAGGAGAUUUAAAGUAAAAAAGUAAAGUGGAGUGAAGAAAUUAGGGGGAGUAAGAUAGAGAGGGAAGCGCAUGUCCGUGUCUUAAGAUCAUCAAGGAGGGGGUGAACUCGCGCAAAGGAGAAGGGUGAAGAUUGCGAUUGUGUGAGAGGGGAGUGAGCGGAAAGGAGAAGGGCUCGAUUUCCGUGAGGGAUCUUUGGUUUUGAAGCGAUACGCUUGUCACGAAGGAAGAGACACAGUGACCCCAACUCUUUACCACCCGCGCCCGUUGGUAUUUUCUAUUAGGGUUAAGAGUCUGGAUUGGAUUUUACGACAUUUGAUAGUGUGAAAAAAAUUGUGUCUUCCAGGUUGUAUCGAACCUUAAGAAUGUUUAGAAAGUAAAAGUUAAAAGUGAUGAUCAUCAGUGAAUUGGAACAUAUUUUGGAUUUGUGAGACUGUCUUGAAGGAAGAAAUUGUGAGACCUUGGAUUAUUUUGGUUUUUAGUGUGUGACUCUGGAAUAAUAAGUAAAAGAUUACAAAAGUUACAAUUUUAGUGUUAUUAGGGAAGAUUGUUUAGAAUAUCGUGAUUGUGAAUUUUGGAACAGAGGACCCAGUGAGUUAUUCGGAGUUGUUUUUGGAGAAUGACCUAACAGAGGAAGAGGCAGCUUUUGGUGCUGCAAGGAGCAUAAAAAUUUGCACGGUGUACGCGCUGGACAGAACCAGUUCGGGGCUGGGGAUCCUCGGAGGUCCUGGAGGUGGCAUCGUCAGCAGUGGCGGUGGUCAAGGGCUGGUUGGAAUUUGUGGUAGCACGACGACUGGUUCCCUGCAGACGCCAUCCGAAUACGUUGUGACGGCUGCAGCUGCUGCGGCGGCGGCAGCAGCAGCAGCUGCUUCGGCAUGCUAUCCUCCAACUUCUGGGCUUGCUUUAACAGCCGCCCCUCACGCACAACCCCCGGAACUUGAUCCCACGAUGACGCCUACCUCCGCUCCAGCCCCGGCUUCUGCUUCGGCCUCGGCUUCAACCCCGACAUCGGCAAUUCCGUCGGGUCCCAACAAUCCUGUAGCCAUGAGUCAGCUGGGAACUGUUUAUGCUACAAAGAGAAGACGCCGUAAUGGAAAGAGUUUGAAGCCACCUCAGAAGGAUGGAGUCACAAAAUCGAAUCCAAGCAAGAGGCAUCGUGAACGUCUCAACGCUGAACUUGAUACUUUAGCUUCCUUACUUCCCUUUGAGCAGAACAUACUUAGCAAGUUGGAUCGGCUCAGCAUCCUUAGGCUCAGUGUUAGUUAUCUACGUACCAAAAGUUACUUCCAAGUGGUAAUGCAUAAAGACAAGGAGGAGAACUCUCACCAUGAUUCGCAUUAUCGAGCAAGAGAAUUGGCAGCGCUCGCUGCUUAUGACCAUCAUCACCUCGACGGUGAAAUGUUCCUUCAGGCACUGAAUGGGUUCCUGUUAAUACUGACCUGCGAUGGGGAGGUUUUUUUUGCAACCCACAGCAUAGAGAGCUAUCUUGGCUUCCAUCAGUCGGACAUUGUUCAUCAGAGUGUUUAUGAAUUGGUGCAUAGUGAAGAUCGAGAAGAGUUGCAGAGACAAUUAAUGUGGAAUUCAUUUCUCCCGGCUGAGAGUGCCACCCUUCCACUCCACGAUGCACUCUCGCCACAACACAGCCACCUUCUCGAACGAAGUUUCACGGUGCGGUUCCGCUGUCUGUUGGAUAAUACAUCCGGUUUUCUGAGAUUAGACAUCAGGGGAAGAGUAAAAGUGCUUCAUGGCCAAAAUAGAAAAACGGAGGAGCCACCAUUAGCAUUGUUUGCUCUCUGUACUCCAUUUGGACCGCCUUCUUUGUUGGAAGUACCACAAAAAGAAGUGAUGUUCAAAAGCAAACACAAACUUGAUCUUGCUCUCGUUUCAAUGGACCAACGAGGGAAAAUGCUUUUGGGUUAUUCCGAUGCAGAAUUAGCAAAUCUCGGUGGUUAUGAUUUAGUUCAUUAUGACGAUUUGGCAUACGUUGCCAGCGCUCAUCAAGAAUUAUUAAAAACAGGAGCGUCAGGUAUGAUCGCUUAUAGAUUUCAAACAAAAGACGGUGGCUGGCAAUGGUUGCAGACCAGUUCGAGACUAGUGUACAAAAACUCCAAACCUGACUUUGUCAUUAGUACUCAUCGACCUCUCAUGGAGGAGGAGGGUAGAGAUUUAUUAGGAAAGAGAACAAUGGACUUUAAGGUGAGCUACCUGGACGCAGGACUAACCAACAGUUAUUUUUCUGAUAGUGAUAGUUUGUCAGGAUCAACGAUGACACCAACAAUUCCCGCGCAACCAACACCUCAACGAGUCAACAGACGUUAUAAAACACAAUUGAGGGAUUUUUUGUCAACCUGUCGAAAUAAACGCACCAAAUUGACAAAUCAAUCAUCAAUAUCGCCACCGGCUACACCAACAGUGACGUCAGUUGAUUAUUUGACAGCCGAUACAAGUGCUGCAGCUGCCGUUGCUGCAGCAUACAGUAAUCUCAAUCCAAUGUAUGCAACGCCUUAUGCACCAGCUGCAGUUGCCACAGCAACCGAUCCCUCCUUAACCACCUAUAUCGGUCACACCAGCAAUUAUCAUCAGACAUUGUAUCCUACAACUGCUCUCGAUAACAGGUACCUAACAGCAACGGAAAAUAUUUUCCAAUAUCGACCAUUGGGUUCCUAUUAUCCAGAGUAUCACACGACAACGGCCUACAAUGGUUUCAUUGACGUUUCGUUGCCAACUUAUGACAGUCAUCAAUUGGGUAACAAAACCGAGGAGAAAAUAUACUGCCAACAACUCAGCGAUUCACCAAAGUACAAUUACACUGACACACGACUUCCAGGCAGUGUUGGAAGUUCACCGUAUGCACCGAGUCCAGUGACAGGUGGACCACCAAUUCAUUCAGCGAGUGAUAUGAAUGUAAUUCGUGCCAGUAGUCGACAAUCCCUUGAGGGUGCAUCGUCAAGUAAUUCAGCUGGUAGUUCACCAGUUUCGGCAGCGAACGGUGUUCUCACGCCAAAAAUGGAAGACGUCAAACCCGAUCUCUAUGGCAGUGAAGCGCCAAGACAAACAGUUUUAAUGUGGGGUGCACCACCAAAUCGUACAUCACCAAAAAAUAAUGGAAGUUACAGUCCACCGACACCAUGUUCGACAAGAUCGUCACAUUCAGUGAAUGCAAAUUCCAAUAGUGGUGAUCCAUUGAAAUCAUUGGCUGAAAUGAAUUCAAUAAAUGGUGAUUGUAAAUGGAAACGUAAUUCGCCAACAAGUCAAACAACAGCUCCAAGUCCACCGAGAUUGAAAGCUCAUCAGCAACAAUUGCAAGCUCAACAACAACAACAGCAGCAACAACAACAACAAGCUCCACCACCGUCACAAUUGCAAUAUCCUGUUGUUACCACUGCUCAUUAUGGAACAACUGCCGCUGGUUAUACGCACGCUCAUCCUGGUCAUAGUCAUGGGGACACGGGCUCCGAGGUAUGGCAAGGAGUCCAACAUCACCAUCACUACCAGUACUAUCCUUACCACCAUCACCACCCCGCACCACCAAGGCACACGUCCCACACGUUACCAUCGGCAGGGAUAACGGAUGUAGGGAUGGGCUUAGACAUGGGCAUGAACAUAUCCAUACCCAUGGAAACGGACACCAUCAUCAGCAACGUCACCACCAUCACCACGACGAGCACAACCACCAACAGCAGCAACAACAGCAGCAACGUCUUGUAUUAUCCAACGCAUCAUCACGUGUUGGGGGGAUCGUCGGGCUCAAUGAUGGGUCCGGCUGCCCCACAGAUUCCAAACCGGACGCUGGGAGUCCUUUGCUGUCCAUCUCUGAGGUGACUAACACCCUACUCAACCAGUAGUCUUUAUAUCGUCUCGACACUCAUCUAAAGUUCACAAUCAAGAUGUCAAGACCGUAUUAAUCACUCCAAAAACGGGUUAGCGAUCGCACGCUUGUAACAUAAUACAGAUAAUAUCGCUUAAAUAAUAAGACUUCGUACAAUUCUGUAAUAUACUCAUUCAUACUAUUUCAACGACGUACGACAAAGUACAUUGCAUCAAUUCAUCCAUAAUAAUAUAUCGAUUAAUUAACAUUUUUCCCUCCUCCCCCGGAAGUAAAUAUCAUUUUUAUAUUUCUACUGCUAUUCCAAUUCAAAAAAAAAAAAAAAAAAAAAAAAAAAUUAUAUACACAAUUGUAUUUCAUUCUAUAAUGCAGUUUUUUGAAAAAUUUUUAAUAGAAAGCCAAAGUGCGAUAUUUUCUGCAAUUAUUAUUAUUAUUAUCCGUAUAAUAUCGAGAAUAUUUAGGGGCACGCGCAGUAAUUUUGUUUUCCCAAUUAAAUUUUUUAAAAGAACGUCUUUCCAAUUACAUAUCGUUUUCAAAGCUUUAUAUACGCAUACAUAUUUACAUAUAAACAUAGAAUUUUUUUAAUUUAGUGGAAUUAUUUUUUAGAAUUUAUUUAAAAAUUUAAUCCACAAGAAUGUGAGUAAAAGGGAAAAAAACAAUAAGUUUUCAUUUUGAAAUGAGAAUUAAAAUAAUUUUACAAAAAAAAAAUGGUAAAAUAAUUCAAAUUUAAAUUAAAAACUGUUUUCCGUUAUUGUGAGUAGCAAAAUAUUUAUAUUAUAUAUAAAUAGAUGAAUUUUCCAGAGAAAUAUUAAUUUUGUAAAAAAUUAAUUGGUCUGAGUCUUUUUUUUUAAGUUGGCGAUAAAAUAUAGCUUAUUAGUAGCAAUUUAUACAAUUUCCUCUUGAUUUAAUGAAUCAAGAAUUGAAUAUUUUGAAUAGCCCCUUUGUACAAUAAAUUCUCUACCUAUGUUAAUAAAAUUUUCUCAUGGAUAAUACGUAUUCUGUGAUAUGUGUUAGCUAACUUAAAGACAGUAAUUAAAAGAAAAACUCACGUCGUUAUAAUAUUUAUUAUUGGCAUUAAAUCAGUAAUCGUACGAAAAUUAUUCACGAAAUAAAGGCACUUUUUAGUAUUUAUUAUUUUCUUUUUUUUCAUUUUUACAUUUUUAAUUCACAAAAAAAAUAUUAAAUUUUUUAAUUUAUAUUCAAAAAAAUUAUUUCUUUUUUUUAUCAAUUUUUAAAUAUUUUUCUUUUUUAUUAAAAUAAAAAUCCAAAAUAAUAUUCUCUUAGAUUUCUUUAUUCCGUGAAUAAAUUAAGUAUUGCCAAUUAAGGAAAUGGCUGUUGUGAGAAAAAAAGAAAAAGUAUAUUUCACGCAGAUUUCCUUAAGAGAUAUUAGAAAACAUUGUUUUGUCUCAAAAAAAAAAAAAAAAGAAAAAGAAAAAAGUUGG